CCUUGAUAAAUGGAGACAAGCGACAAUUGAAAGUACUGCAACAAGUGAAAGCCUUUUACUUAUAUUGUAAGGGAGAAAAGUGAUUGAUAAUGAGUGAAUUAAAGUGAUUAACAACAAUAGAUUUGAAAAUAUCUACAAUUUACGGCUUCCAAAAUGGCUACUAAAUUCCUGAAAAAACGGGAAGUUGCUAAGCUUGUUACUGAAAACAGGAAACCUUGUGUUUUCUGCAAUCAGGAUGUGGACGAUGAAGUGAUUUACGGCAAAUUAUACUCUUACGGAGACAUACAAUGUCAUUACUUCUGUGUGCUGUUAUCCUGCUGCCUGGUGCAAAAGGGACGGGACUCGGAAGGCCUGUUUGGUUUCCUGUACAAGGACAUCCUGGCUGAGGUGGAACGGAGCAAGAAACAUAAAUGCUCGUACUGCGGGCGCGGCGGCGCCAGCCUGGGCUGCUCGGUGGCGGCGUGCCGCAAGCAGUUCCAUCUGCCGUGCGGCCGGCAGAAGAAUGCUGUGUCGCUCUUCUAUGGCAAUUAUAAAUCAUUCUGCGAGCUCCACGCUCCGAAGCAGAAGAUAUCAGACGACGUCAUGGCGAAGGCCAAGGAGAGGAUGAAGAUUGAAAAACUGAAGAAAGCGGGAAAGAUACCCGUCAGUGACGAGGGAAACCAACAGGCCGAGAGCCCGGAAGAUCCGGCCAUGGUGUGUGUGAUCUGCUACGAGCCGGUGCCGGCGCGGCCCACCACGCAGACCUUCUGGCCGCCGUGCUGCGGCCGCGACGCCUGGCUGCACCGCAGCUGCCUCCAGCGUAUGGCACUAAGCGCGGGCAUGCACUACUUGAAGUGCCCGCUGUGCAAUGAUAAGGACAACUUCUAUGAUGCGGUCUGCGAGCAAGGAUAUUAUCUGCCGGAUCGAGAUGCAGCAUGGGAGUUGGAGCAGAACGCAUUCGCAGAGAUAUACAAUCGGGAUGCGUCGUGCGCCGCCGCGGAGUGCAAGUGCCCUUUUGGCCGGAGCCAUGACGAGCUCGGCACUUGGGACAUCAAGCUGUGCCUGCUGUGCGGCAGCUGGGGGCUGCACGCGGGCUGCGGCGGCGGCCAGCGCGCCGUGUGCGCCGCGUGCCGCCCCGCCGCCACCGACAUGGACGAGCUGGAGACCAGGCUCGCCUCGGGUAACGUGGCAGCAUGUGGCACAUACAGCUCUGUGCCUGCUGGAGGCAGCUGGGGGCUGCACGCGGGCUGCGGCGGCGGCCAGCGCGCCGUGUGCGCCGCGUGCCGCCCCGCCGCCACCGACAUGGACGAGCUGGAGACCAGGCUCGCCUCGGUAAUAAUGGCGGAGCAGGCGCGGGAGCAGCAGCGCACGCGCAGCGGGCCCGUCAUGCCGAGCCGCAUGUCCCUGCGCCGCACCAAGGGCCGGCUACAGCCACACAGUGCUUCAAGUUCAUCACAAAUUUUGCCGACACACGAAACUCAAGUCAAGACUGAAUCACAUCCCACCGACCGUCUCGAGCUAAACCUGAAGACGCCUCGCCGCCCCAAGCUCCUCACGCCCAGCCUCUUGGAGCUGGAGGCCCGGCUCCUCUCCCCCGCCGAGCUGCUGCAGCUCGCGCGCCGGCAGCAGGCCGGCCGCGACGUGCUGGACAAGAUCCGGCUGCGCUUCAGCAAGCCCAGACCACUUAGUGCGAAAAAGAAGAUUAUCAAUGACAUCUUAGACGACCUGUUCAAGAAUAUGCUCAAGGAGAACCCUAAGAGCAAAGAUCCGGUCCGGGAGUGGAACUCGCCCAAGAAAUCCUGUGACAUCACAACUGUCAUGAACGAAGCAGUAAAGGAAUUUAUGGAGCCAACUCUUAACACAAAUAAAGAGGUUCAAGAAAAUACAGAAGAAAAGUCCAUGGAAGUUGAUGAAGAAAAUGAUAAAAAAGAACAUGAACGUGACAGAGACAACUUAGGAGAAGAAAAAUCUGAUAUAGUUGAUGGAAACUCAAGUGACAAAGAGAAUAAUAUAAAUCAGAACAAUGGAAAUGAUAAUGUUAAAAGCGAUGACGAAUCGUCAUCAAGCACCUUCCAAUUGGCUCCAGAAUUUAUAGCUGACAGCGAUGACGGCUUGCCAAUCAUUGACACACCGAAAAAACUCAAAAUGGUCGACAUUAAACAAGACUCCAUUGAAAUAUCUAAGAAAGAUGAGAUUGUUAACGUGGACGUAAUGCAAGUUGACAGCGGGAGAGAAAAUGAGUUCGUAAAAAACUUAGAUUUGAAGGGUCCUGUUAAGAAUAAAAUGUUUUCGUUUAAAUUUAGUCCGUUGGACAAGGAGCCUUUAAAAACUGAUGUUGAUAUGGAUGUUGAGAGUUUUAAAGAUCGGUACCUGAAUGAGAUAGAUAGGGACAAAUGUGUUAAGAAAAAUGAAAGAAAGAAAGAAGUUGAUUCGACUGACAAAAAGUGUAAGAAAAGAAAAUUAGAAAUGAAAGAAGAAGUCCGUAAGAAACGAAAGAAAGACAGUAAGAAACGCAAGAAAAUUAAACUGAAAAUUAAAGCUAUAGAUCCUGAAAAAGCGGGAAAAAAGAGAACCAAAAAAAUUAAGAAAAUUAAAGAACACAAGAAAAUAAUAAGAGAUAAUGUAAGCAUCAAAAUAAGACUUAAAGAUGGAAAUAGCAAAACUAAGAAAUUGAAGAAGAUACAGAAAGUAAAGAGUUACAAGCAAUACGUGUUGAAAUAUUCGCCUUUACUGAGCAGUAAUAUAGCCAAGCCAGAAAUCGAUGUUACGCCAAUGAAGAGGAAAUAUACGAAGAUAGAGAAGUCACCAUCGGACAAGCUAGUUCAGACUUCUAUACAGAGUUUCUUUAAAGCGAAAUAGACUCCGACUACGCUAAGUUUGCAGUGAUUUGGCAGUGACAAUGUCAUAUGGUUUGUACGCCUUUAUGCCUGAGGACCCGCAAGAAAUCGCCUUUUCAGUCCUCAUUUUCCCCUGUGGAUGUUAACAUUAUUGAAAAUAUUUUGAUACAAUUUGUUGUAUAUCAACCACAGCUAGAAUAGCAUAAGAUUAGAAGCAUUUUUUUUAUGAAAUCUGUUUUUUGCUCCUAAUUUAUAUAAUAAUAAAAAAAAACGAAAAAAAGUCAAACUUCCCCUACGUCAUAGCUAUGGUUAUCAUACAUCAAAUCAAAUUAUUUGUAAAUAUUUUCAAGAAUGUGAAUAUCCAGAGAGGAAAAUGGGGACUACGUUUUUUAUAGAGAAUUGGCCGUCCUCUUUCCCUUAAAUACCGACAACUUGCUUACAUUAAGGCAAUUCCUCUGCUCUUAUGAAAUUGUUGAAGAAGUUUCCAUCAACCGCGCGUUGUACCGGGAUUUUGCCACGGCUCAUGGGCGCCUGGGGUCCGUUUGGCAACCUUGAAUUGGCGUAGGCACUAGUUUUUACGAAAACGUCUGGUGACCUUCCAACCCAAAGCGUAAACUAGGCCUUAUUGGGAUUAGUCCGGUUUCCUUACGUUGUUUUCCUUUAUCGAAAAGCGACUGGUAAAUAUCGAAUGAUAUUUCGUACAUCCGAAAAACUCAUUGGUACGAGCCGGGGUUUGAACCUGCGACCUCCGGAUUGCAAGUCACACGCUCUCACCGCUAGGACACCAGCGCUUCCAAGACGUUUUCUAGAAUUUUUACAAAUAUAUUUGUAUACCAAUAUUGUCUCCCAAUAUUCAAAAAAUCACCUAUGUGCCUAGAUAUAUUAUACAAUUACACAAUUUUAAAUAUACAACACAAUAGUGUGUAGUUUUUAUUGACAUUUUAAUUAACUAGUUCUAACAUGAUAUCUGAUGUGAGUUGUGAUUCUCAUAUAUCAAUGUGGUAAAGACCGUCUAUAAGGGAAGACCGUCUACAGGCUCUUUCGUCGCCGUUAACGCUUGUGUUUGUACACAUACCAUACCACAGAAUACAUAAUAGUACUACUGUACAGAAAUGACACUUCCUACAUAACCGAACUUUGACAGCGAUUCAGGGUCGAAUCAUGUUGUCUCUUUCUACUGUAUGGCCCUUUUGGCUAUUUAGGGUUGUCAAAAUUCAAGUCAUUAUCUUAUGUGGUUGUGCACGCAAAAGAACGUCAAGUUGUGCCAACUCUAAUGUAAUGCUGAGCCGAAUGGAGCCGAGAAUGCCCGAAAGGAUCAGUGUCGCUGUCGCCCCAUACCAUACAUACAGUGUCCUACCAUACUCCACUGCAGAAGGUGGGUAGAGCAGGAGUAAAGCACUUCCUUUCCGACUGUAUCCAAGCGACGUAUGUAUGUAUACGAGAGUUGUUCUAUGACGGACUUACUAGCAAUACAUUUUAUACACGGUGUAACAAGGGGAAACCGAAAGAUUAUAACAGUGUAUUCCUGGUCCCAUUUAGAGACUAUAAUGUCAUAUAGAAUUGUUUCGAUUUAGUUUCAGAGUUAAUACCAAUUAAUAAAAAUCUUAUUGUAACUUACUGCAAAAUGCGUUUUUGAUGGCGAUGACGCCAUUAUAGGGCGUAGUUUAAAUAUCCUUAUUGAUAGAUGUCAAAAAGUGUCAUAACUAGGUUUUUAUAAAAAUAAAUCGUAAAAAUUCAUUUUCAGUGCUAGUUUUACCAUAACGUUAAUUUUUUAUGUACAAAUUCAAAAAAAAAUAAAAAAAAAUUUUUCGGUGAAAUAUACUUAUACUCAUAUUUUUUCUUCUUUUGGCCUCAGAAGUGCGUGGUUAUAAUCUUUCGGGUUCCUCGUGUUACACCAUGUAUGUCGGUCUUCUCCACAUCGAUCUUAGCCCAUUUUUUGAUGAUGACUUAAAAUAUCCAAAACUAUAUUAAGCUAAGUUAGAUUUGAAAAAUAAGUAGUUAGUAUUACAGUGUAUCUUAAUUUUUUAUAUAUUUUGAGUAUGCCUAAUUAUAAGAUAUUUAUAUGGUUGUUAAUGUGUUCCAUCUUCAUGAAUAUGGAUAUAAGUGUAUUAUGGUUAAAACUAUUAAAUUUUCUUUUGAACCAAUUAUAUAGAAUAUUGCAUGCUUGUUUUUUCAUAUACAUAUUUUAACAAUUAACUUUUGAAGGUGCCUUUUUAAGCAAGAAAAUUUUGGGAUAUUGUGUAUUUCGUGUCGUCCACGAUGACGCACAGAUUUGUCAAAUCUAACCUUUAAUAAUAUUACAUUACGACUCACGCCACGCGUCGUGAAUGACACGAUCUAUUGUUAGACAUCUUUAGUUUAUUUAAAUACUACGAAUACACUGGUUACGAUUACCUAGUUUGCUUCUAGAAGUCUCUAUUUACUCUAAAUUCAACUUUAACCCCUCAAUAUACGGAAGGUGGAGAUAAGGAAUGGAAUCUCCAUAUACCAAAAAGUGUCAUCAAAAACCUUAAAUAGGUGGCGCUACAAUACCUAGAAUACUAGAAAAAAAAAACAAAUCAUAGACAGCGCACUUCACUCCGUCAAUAACGCCUAGGUUCUUAGCUACUCUAGCGCUACUCUGGGAGAUUUGGAACUAUUAUUUAUGGACACUUUUGCAUAAGUUCUGCCUAUGGAGAUUGCGUUCCUUAACUCUACCUCAAUAGGGAAUAUUACACGAAACUGCGUAGGGGGCGCCACUACCACUAUCUGAUCUACCGCGAAACAAGAAAAUCUAAAGUUAUCUAACCUCUCUAUCACUCUUGCUUAUUCGAGCGACGAAGAUGCAGAUAACUAAAUUUCGCGUUUCCCGAUAGGCCUUUUGUAAACAAAUUGCCUUGAGGCAUCAAUGUUAUAUUUUAUUAUCUGUGAAAACUUGUCAAAAGGCACAGUAUGUAUAAGCUAUCUAUGGUGUACGAGAGGUGCUAGUGCUGCACUCUGGCGCCAGAACAUUGCAGUAAUACUCCCUAUUCAACAUUUUAAAAACUUAAUUUUUAGGCGUUUUUGGUUUGUAUGUCUUUUUUCAAAUAUGAAAUGCUUAUGCCGCAUAUAUUUCUAUACUAUCGCGACGUAAGCAGUUGAGGAGUUAACACUUAAAGUAUACAAGAAUGAAUAGAAUAAAACUUUUCAAAUAAUAACAA